CCUGCUGCAUCCAGAGGUCCAGUCCAGUGAGCUGCACUAGUCCUGAGAGCCACCAGCUCAGAGAAGUAGUCCAGCCACUCAAGAAGCAUUCAGCUUGACUCCUUCAGCUGCAGCACACACUUCACUCAACCUGUGUCCAAAGACAGCAACAGCAUUUCUUUCUGUGACUCACUCCUGUUGUAAGAUCUCUGAGCUCAUUCACAGCUGAGCAUUCACAGACCACAGCUGCUUGUUUCACCUGAGACUCAGAGCUACACACAGAGAUGAUGAUGGUAAUGAUGAUGAGGAGGCAGCGGUACUCGCACACCUUUCUGGUCCUUCUGCUCAUGGUCUUCAUCGCUGGGAUUGUCCUGUCGGGUCCCUCCACUCCCCGCAGGAGCAGAGUGAGACGUCAGAACAUGAAGGUCCGCAUCAAUGCCACAGGAGACACCAUUGUCAUGAAGUUUUUGCGUCCCAACGCUGACACCAAACUUGAGGGCUACAUCCUGGGCUACGGCAGCAGCAUGUUCUCCAAGCAGUUCAUUCAGCUGCCAGAGAACGGACAGCCUUAUGAGACUGAGUUUGAUGCUGAGCCCAAGUACCUUAUAGCUGUCCAGCCCAUCCCAACCAACGACGUGAAAAAGCAUUGCACAGGUAAAGUGGAGCUGGAGAAGCCUUUACACUUGGUCAUUGGGUCGGUGACUCCCACCUCAGUUCUUCUGUCCUGGGGGACGCUGCUUAAAACCCCUUAUGAAGGCAACAUCAUGAAUGACUGUCUCGAGGAUGGACACUACACGGUGCGUUAUCGUGAGAGGAACAGGAAGUGGAACUACCAGACCUGCCCGACAAGCGAUACGGUCAUUGACCAUCUGAAGCCAAACACGGUCUAUGAGUUUGGGGUCCAGCCUAACUCUAAGGAUGGCACUGGAAUAUGGAGCAAGCCAGUCAUUCACAACAUUAGCACACCAGGUGUAGAGGAAAAAGCCAUCAGGAAAAUCUUUAAACGUCCCAUCGGCCCUGUGAAACCCUUAACAACAGGUCCCCAUUCCUUCCCCUUUUCACCUCACCACGUUCUCCAUAACAGGACCCGGGGCAGACAGCCCCUCUCCAGGAACAUAGCACCACAGACAACUCUUGCUCCAACCACAACUACUAGACAGGCAUCUCUGUCGACCCCCGGACCCACACUUCCUGUGGUCAACAAACAGCCAAUCGGAGGAGGAGACCUCUACAGAUCUGUCCUGCCUCCUUUCCUGGAGGCCCCAUUAGCUCCCAAGCUCCAUUCUUCAGUACCCAUUACUGCCACUAUGGCAUCUGUGCCAGUACCCAAUGCAAACGUGGACAAACAGGGAGGGCACCCACGACAAAAGCCUGUGUCCCAACCUCAUGCGCAGCCUCCACCAAAGUCCAGGCUCCAACCAUAUUAUCGACCACCACUACAGCCAAAAUCCCAACCCCAACAACCCCAAGUGAUGCCCCAAGUAAAGGCUCAACCUGUGCCAAAACCUCAUGGCCAAACUAAACCACAACCCAUAGCAACACCCCAGCCCAAACUCCAGACCCAACCACAACCCAAAGCAACACCCCAGCCCAUACCCCAGACCCAACCACAACCCCAAACAGUCCAGCCAAAACUCCAGACCCAACCACAACUCCAGGCGACAUCCCAUCCUAUAAUGCAGACACACUCUCGCUUACAAUCUCAGCCAAAGUCACAUCCUCAAUCAAAUCAUCAAACCACACCACAGUUCCAGUCUGCACCACAACCUCAGCCAACAUUGAAGACCAAACACCAGGCCCAACCUCAAACACAACCACAGCUAAAGCCUCAGCCCCAGCCGCGGGUUCAACUAGCUGCCCAACCCACACCUGUGGCACAACCUAGAAUCAAUCAGCCAACACGUCAGCAUAAACCUCAUGCCCAAGAAAUACUGCCGAAGACUUACACCCAACCACAGACUCAAUCUCCAAUUCAGCGACAGACUCAAUCUCCAAUUCAGCGACAGACUCAAACACAACCUCAACCAAAGACACCACAACCACUCCUUCAGUUAAGCACUAAGCAGCACUCUAGAGCCAAACAAACACCUAGACCAAAUAUAAUUUUUGCCAGACCUAAGCCCACAACACAACCUCAAUCCAAAAACCAGCCCAUGCCCCAACUGCCACCUCACCAAAAAAAGCAGCAAAAACCUCAGUCACAACCUCAACCCAGAGGGCAUCCAAAACCUCCAACAGAAACCACCAACAGAAGGUCCAGAAUUAGGAACCAACAACAUCCUGAGCCAAAGAUUCAUCCACGGCACCGAUCACAACAUCCAGGAAGGACACAAGCCCGACUUGUACCUCAUUCUCAACCCAUUUCCAAACCACAGCCUCCACCAAAAGCCCAGUCCCAAUCUCAGCCUCUACCUAAGCUACACACUGCAUCUAAGCCCCAACCACUCCCUCAUCCUGGGCUUCAUUUUCAGCCUCAGACCAGGACCUACUCUGAUCCCACCAAGGUUGCCCCAAGGCAGGCAGUCCCUACGGCUCCUAGUCCACCAGAAGAGGGCAAGCCUCUACCAAGACCUGCCCUGGCUACAGAGAAAGCUGGUAGUUACAAUCAUGGUACUGGCAUCCUCAGACCAUCCAUUGCUGAGGUCCCUCGUUCUCCCAUUAGCUCAUCAGUUCCUACAGCAGGAAGAAACACCACCCUGUCUCGCACCCGGGUUCCUCCUCAUUCCACUAAUCAUGGUGUCAGACCAUUCUCUCCAUCCAAGACAGUCACCUCCCCUCACAGCUCCAGCACACCUGGCGCCAGUGGGGCGCAUCAUAGGGGCAAUGCUCUUCCUAAACCUGUGGUGUGGUCCAAAGAGAAACCUGUUCUGCGUCCCCCUGUUCCUGGAAACAAGAGACCCAACCUGGUGGGGAAACCUAGUGACCUAGAUAAACCCAUGGACCUGAAACAAGGAGACAAGGAGUCCAUCUUGAAGCCAUUCCCUCUGGUCACAGCCAAACCCAAACAAGAGCGCCGACAGCAGACGACCACCUCGGCCCCGGCUGUAAACAGCAGCCGUUUUGACAUAAAUGAAAACUCCUCUAUAUUCAGGCCCUUGCCGGCAUCAGAGGUAGACAUCAUGGGCAAGAAGCGCUUUGUAGCUCCCCAUGUCAUCUACAAGACAGAUAAGAAGCCAGAUGAGCCGUGCUCCAUCACUUCCUCCCUUGCCUACUUCCCUGAUGAGGAAGGCGGCGAUCAGAAUGUGACUGGUCCUCCUCGCAUCCCGCCGUCCAACGUCACCGUGGUCACUGUGGAGGGCUGCCCAUCCUUUGUCAUUUUAGACUGGCAGAAAUCAGACAAUGAAACUAGAGAGUAUGAAGUCGUAUCUACCACUAAAGGACCGAAUGGACAGGAGGUGUCUAUACUGACGACCAACCAGACACACACAGCUGUGGAAAAUCUCAAGCCAGAGAGCAGCUAUGAAUUCAAAGUAACCCCAAAGAAUGAGCUGGGAACCGGACCCUCCAGUGACCCCGUGUCUUUUAGCACAGAAUCAGCUGAUCCACGAGUGAGCGAGUAUGUUUCAGGCAAAGAUGCCAUCUGGACUCAGUUUCCAUUUAAAUCCGACGCGUACUCUGAAUGCAGUGGGAAGCAGUAUGUAAAGAGAACUUGGUACCGAAAGUUUGUGGGCAUCCAGCUGUGCAACUCCUUGAGAUACAAGAUCUACCUGAGCGACUCGCUUAAUGGGAAAUUUUACAACAUUGGCGAUCAGACGGGGCACGGUGAGGACCACUGUCAGUUUGUGGACUCCUUCCUCGACGGCCGGACCGGCACCCAGAUGUUUGCUGACCAGCUACCGAGCAGGCCAGGCUUCUACAGAGCGCUGAGACAGGAGCCUGUAAGCUUCGGAGAGAUAGGAGGGAAGUCACAUGUGACUUAUGUAGGCUGGUACGAGUGUGGCACGCCCAUACCUGGGAAGUGGUAGAAACCCCACAGGGCUGUCCAGGAAGAUGACUUCCUCAGUGUUGAAGAAGAAGAUGGGCAUCAAAGACGCCUGAGUAGGCCUGAAGGGAGGUGGGCCUUUCUUUUAUGUUACCAUGGACACUGUAGAUGGCUCUGUCUGUUUGAACACACCCUCCUUUCCCGGGUGUGAACCGUUACAGGACUAUUAGGUGUCACAGAACUCUCGAGUACAUUUGUAACAACUUAAUUUCUCUAUUUAUCAAAAACGUCACAAACAGACGGACGAAAGCAGGAGUUUGAGUGAACCAAAAUGUUGAAUAUACAGUAAUCAGAGAAAAUGUUGGGAAGCUGGCUCCCAAAGUGUAAUAACUUGUAUGAUAAUAUUUAUCAAGGUUAUUGAAUAUUCUGUGUGUUCUUGGGCUUUUGAGAUGAGAAAGUAUAAAAAUGUUCCCAAUACUUGCAUGUCAGUGAGCACACACAUUGGUCAUGUGCAUACAGAAAGGUGCCAAUCAUAUGUUCAUUGUACAUUUGGACUGUGUAAAAUACGAGUACACACAGACAUGCAGAAUUGACCUUCUGCUGGCCCUAAGGGAGUAUUAGCAGUUGCAGUUUGCACAGUAUUAAACUUUUGUUCAUAUAUGUAUAUGGUUUGAAAAACAAUACGUUUACCAGGGAUCAUAUAGUUUGAUACAUUUCAGGUAAAAGACAAAACAGCUUUAGCCAAAUAGUUCAUCAGUUGUAAGAAAGCCAAAGGUUGAGCCUAACAUUUCUAUAGGGCCAUUUGGAAGCCAAAGUUUGUUGUAUUUUUAAUGCCCAUGCAGUCUUGUUGUGUAUUUUACAAAAAAGAAUAAAUAUAUAUUUGAAAAAAAAAAAAAAAGACUCAAGAUUCAAUGUGGGAAUUGGACAAGCAGAAUAACUUAUGGUUUUGAGCUUAACUAAGCAAAGAGUCAUUGGAAAUAAUUAUUUUUUUCACAUCUUUCAUGACGGCAGUUUUUUGAUAUGUUGUUUAUGUUUUCAGUAAUAAAUCUUGUUUAAAUACUU